ACCACGUGGCCAGGGCUCUCGGUGACGUAGAGGAGCCAUAUGGCUCACCAUCCUCUCCUAUAAUCUGGCGGCUGGUGGCGGGAUUCGCGGACAGAGCGCUGAGCGAGGGCAUGGGAAGGCUCUCCGGUAAAGCGCUGAAGCUUCUCCUGACGUGGCGCGCACGGAGCCGAAGCGAGCGAGCGAGCGCGCGCAGAGCCCCAGAGCCCUGCACUGCCUAUGACGCCCGGCUACUGACACAGGUAUGAAGACAGCCGAGCCGUGCGCCGACACCACGCGAAUGAUGGAGAACCUCUCGAACUGGGUCGAGGAGUGCCUCACGGAAGACGAGGACAUGAAGGGGAGCGGCCGUGAGGACUGCGAAUCUCAACACGACCUGCUCUCGCUCUCCGCCUCCUACGACAACGACGACCUGGCCGACGACGACGAUAAGCAGGACGACGACGACGCAGACGACUUGGAGGAGGACGAAAACGACGACCAACAGAAACCCAAACGCCGGGGCCCCAAAAAGAAGAAGAUGACCAAGGCGCGGCAGGAGCGCUUCAAGAUGCGCCGCGUCAAAGCGAACGCGCGCGAGCGGAACCGCAUGCACGGGCUCAACGCGGCGCUCGACAACCUGCGCAAGGUGGUGCCCUGCUACUCCAAGACGCAGAAGCUGUCCAAGAUCGAGACGCUGCGCCUCGCCAAGAACUACAUCUGGGCGCUCUCGGAGAUCCUGCGCGCCGGCACCAGCCCCGACCUGCUGAGCUUCGUGCAGACCCUGUGCAGGGGCCUCUCGCAGCCCACGGCCAAUUUGAUCGCGGGCUGCCUGCAGCUGAAUCCGCGGACAUUCCUGCCAGAGCAGAGCCCGGACUUCAUGCACAUGCAGGCGCCCGGCGGCGGCGGCGGCGGUGGAGGUGGCGCGGGUGGCGGUGGAGGAGGUCCAUCUUCCUACGCGAUGAGCGGCCACCACCACCACCCACACCACCACCAACACCACCACAACAACAACCACCACCACCACCACAAUCACCACCCGUACGCGGCGGCGUUUCACCACUCGCCCGGCUUGCCGAGCCCGCCCUACCACAGCACCAUGGACAGCGCCCACCACGCGUUCCAGAUCCGGCCCGAGAGCUACGGAGCGGCCCUGGACGGCUUCUUUGAGACGGGCACCGCGCCGCCGCCGCCGCAGCAGCAGCAGUCGCAGCAGCAGCAGCAGCCACCGCAGCCUCCAUCCGCACAGGCUGCGGCAGCGGCUGCUGCGGCUGCUACUGCUGCGGCUGCUGCUGCUGGCGGCCAGGAGUGCGCGAGCCCCGAAAACUACGACCCGCCCCUGAGCCCUCCGCUCAGCAUCAACGGGAACUUCUCGUUUCGACAGGAGACGUCGGCCGACUUCGAGAAGCCCUAUCGGUUUCACUACGCGGCGGCGGCUGCCGGCGGUGCCGCGCACGGAGCCGGCUACCCCCCGCCAAGCUUGCGCUGUGACCCCCCCGUUGAGGCGGCCCCCUACGAUAUCCACCCGCAGCACGAAAGACUGCUCAUGAGCUCGCAUCUCAACACCAUAUUUCAUAACUGAUUGUUCAAUGAUGAACAACAACUUCGCACCCCCUCCCUCCCCCGCCCCAACUGCGUUGUUCACACGCGGCGCAAAAGUUCAACGAUGUUGGCACUCUGUGUGAUAAACUUAACAGUGAUCGCGCUUAUUUGUAUUGCUAUUUUGUGUUUUAUUACAACGCGUGUUUUUUUUACGUUGCUUCUGCUGGUAUCACUGGGAAACGAAUAUUUCCUUCUGCUGUUCGUGAAAUCUCAUUUGUGACACUUUUCGAGAGUAUUUAACUGGUGGCGCCACGCCGAGGUGACCGCGUGAUUUUUUUAGAAUUCGCCCGUCGCGUUAAUAGCCCUCGAUGUAAGAGAAUCGUAUAUCGUGACUCACAAUGUAACAGCAACAAUAUUUUGGCUGUAGUGCGAUUGUGCUUGUGUAUAUAAUAAGAGGUGUGCGUAUGUAAAAUCACCUGCCCGACGCUAUUGUGCCCUAAUAGACGCUUUGCAUAUUUAAAAAAGAAAAAGGUAAAUGUACUACUGAACGCGGUUUUUUUUGGGUCCCUGACUGUCAUUGCGAGCAAUAAUUAGGAAGCUAUGCAAUUUUUGAAUUGUGAACCAUCCGCGAAUUUUACGAUUAUUUAAUUGUCUUCUCACACAAUGACAAAUUUUUUGACUUCCACUUGCUUUUUGUAUGCAAUUUCUAACGAGACUUUUAUAUCGACGAGUCCAUAUUUUUGCGUGUGAGUUUGUAAUCGCUGCCACGUUGAUGAUAAAGGGUAGUCAGUUUGUAAGCUCGAAUAAUAACAAUGAUAAAAAAACACGUUAAAAAAUAAAGUUUAUGUCUACCAAGAAACAGCCUACUCUAAAGACGAUUGCCUUAGACGUUUUAUACAACAUGCGGCAUGAAGAAAGUUGAUGGAUAUGUAUUAAGAAAGUGAUUAAAUAUAUUUAACAAACAAAUACAUAAUAAUGUAGUUUUGCUGCCAAUUUAUUUUUUGUUGGGCCAAUCAUCAAGUCUUUCCUCUUGCCAUCGGUGAUACCUUAUUCAUGUGCACCACAUUCAAGUGCUUGCUGUGUCCCAUUUCAUUACCACACAGCAGGUCUCUGUGCGAGAAUAGGAAACUUGUGCUUAGGAACACUAGCGGUUGUUUUGUACAUAUAUAUUUUUGCUCUAUGUAUAUCCCAGUGACAUGAAAUUAGCUCUUCAUCCUAUUUGAUGGGAUUUAUUCAUUAUUUGAUCUUUUUUUAAAUGGAACCGAUGUCUAUUUUGAUAGACUGCAAAAGUGUACAUGCGUAAAUUUAUUUGCAAAUAAAUUAUCGUAAAUAAAUGUUAAUAAAAAUUGUUGUUGGUGGCUUGUUGCCUAUUGUGACUCAAAAUGCUUAAAUGUGGGAAAUCUUUCGCUGCGUUUACACUUCAAUACUAAUACUAACAACAUCAGAAACUGUUUGUGGUUCUUAUUUGUAUGAAGUAUUUUAUGAGCGUGAUGUUCACAUCCACAAUACGAUACCCGAAAAUAUGUAUUGGAUACCGGAUGACUAUACAUAGCUUGAUCAUUAUACAAUGUUUCGUGUGAUAAAAAAGAAUUACAAACGUUAUGUAAUAGAAAUUCCAUUCUGAGCAAUUGAACACUGGAGGUAAAGUCAAUGGAGGUACAUCAGGCACUAUGACUAUGCUCCGAUAAUGUUGCACAUCCAUUAUAUUAUUCAUGAUGAGGUUAAAAAUUAACCCAACCACAAAAUGUAAAUCACAUUGACUUCGUGUAAUUUCUAUGGAUGCAUACAAAAGCGUAAAUUGUAAAGGUUUGUUGAAAAAUAGGGAUCUUUUCAUCAAUUGUCAAAUAAUGUUUUAUCACGGUUAAGAUAAUAAUUAGGUAGCAACCACCUGUGUUAUUGAAUAUAGGCAAAUGUACGUAACACAUUUGCCACGUGCGUGGAAAAUUCGCUUUCUAAUACCUUACCAUAAUUAUCAUGGCAACAUAUUAAAUUUCCAUUACGACAGAUAUUAAGUACAUAACCACAUAAACGCACUGAUUAUAAUAUAUGUAUGCAAUCGUGACUGCAUUUUUAUGAUAGUCUAGAAAGAUAUAUAGAUAUAUGAAAUUUGGAACACACAACCAUAGCCAAGUUUAUGCUUAUUUACCUAUAUAAAAAAAACAACUAUAUGCCAUAUAUUAAAAAAACGAACUUUGAACUUUGAGUCCUCAAAAAUGAUAGCCCAGAGAUUGAUUGGUUUUAUUCAUUGCACAGAGUCAGACUAAAGUUCUAAAUUAAAAAGUGAUUUGCCUCCCAUGUAGUGUGAUGCUGAAGCCAAUAGCAAGAAAAAACGCUACUGGUUACUCAUAAAUAAAUAAAAUCUACUUAAAAAUAGGUCACUUUAGCCGCAGCCCAUCUGCUGCUACCUCUGUUGAAUGAAAUGACAAAGGCAUACAAUCCCUACUCGUUGCUAUUAUUCUAUAAAAGGGGUUAAGCCUCUACUUUAAGUAAUAAUGUCGGUGCAGUCGACCUGCAAAUCUGAUUGUGCCGUAAUCUUUCGCAGGUCUCCCAGGUAAAGAGUGCUGGCACAUUGCAGCUUGUCAUAGCCUUGGCAUCAUACGUUAUCCCUUCUGUUGCCAGGAAACCAGUGCUGGCAAAUCUCUUGGAGCACUGGGGUUGGAAUAGAGACUGAAGGGUGACACGCGCAUGUGAAAAAAACACGGAGCCUCUAAAUGCUGAUUUCAAACUCAUAGAGAGCUUCACAAGACUUGUCGUCAGUGAUCUGUAGUGAUAAGUCCUGCAGGUGGAUGCGUAAGUGCACGCACAAGUAUAAUAUUUAUAGUGGCAUUGCAAUUCCUAGCGUGUUGCAUGACGACAAUAUCUAUUAAGAAUGAGUGAUGUGGGAUGUGCAGUGGUUAGCAAGGCCUAUACAAAAAAAUGAACGUAAAUAUUUCACAGAUUUAAAAAUUAAAUUAACCAAUCACACUGUUCCACUUCAGGGGCCAACCUAACAGGUCAGAAUUAUGAUCUUGAAUCACAUUGUGUUUUUACAAUCUUUGUAGUAACUUCUUUACAGUGUUGUAUACAGAAACCACAUCAAACAACCCUCAAUAUCGACUAUCUCAUGCCAGACUUGGCCCUGACCCCCCCCCUCCCCCCAAAAAAGCCCCCCUGCCACGAAAACGAUUUAAAACCAACAAACAAACAAAAGUC